AUGGCCGAGACGAAGGAUAUCCCUCCUGGUUCUUACUCACUAGAACUCGGAAAAACAUUCACUGAGCAACGGCGGAACGAUGGACCUUCUUACCACACUUUGCGAUACGACUUCAAACCAAUGUCGGUGGCAUCGUCAGAUUCUGAUACGUACAUUGCAUUUGGAGCGAACGGGGAUGUUCAUGUCGCCGUACCCACUGACGGCGAGAAUAUGACUGUGUUCAAAGGAUCCAAGAAGGAAGCAAAAGCUAAGGAGUGCUUGUUGUUUUUUGACAAGAAGUCUGGGAAACUUCGGCUCGAAAAGAUAGCAUCGAAUAUCAAUGUGAAGAAAACCAGAGAUUUGGACCCAUCGACAGAGAAUGUUCUACGUUCUGAAAUGGCCCGUUUACGAACCAAUCGAAUCGAGCGUCCGCCUCCUCCUGAGCCAAGUAGUUCCUCAUUUCCUGGAGCUGACAGCAGUAGCUCUUCGGAUUCUUCAAGUGAUGACAGUGAUAGCGAUAGUGGCAGUGGGUCCGAUGAUGAGGUUUGUCCAAGGUUUUGUUUAUUGUUGCAUUGA